UAGUCAUAUUCCCCCAUUUAUUCCUGCAGUGAGGACGAUGCAGAGACGAGCUCAGAGAGACGACCUGUGGAGCGUCCACGCUGAGGACAACAUGAAGGACUGAUUCAGAGAAUGGAGAGCUGCACACCUCGACACUAGCUGUUCUGUGAUUGGCUGAUCGCUGACAUCACUAUCAAUAUGGCCCACAUCUUCCUCGCCAGUAAGAUCACCAUGCCAGACGACCUCCACUGCAAAGGCGGUGCCAGGAUCCCCAGGAGUGCCAUGAGAAUGCCAACAUCGAUCUCUGCUGAGAAGCUGAGCCGGGACAAGCUCAGGAAGGACCACGGCGUCAUCAUGACGUCACACGUCCCGCACGUCAAUGAGGUCCAGCUGACAGCGGCCACUGGCGGCGCAGAGAUGUCGUGCUACCGCUGCACUGUGCCGUUCGGUGUGGUUGUCCUCAUUGCUGGCAUCGUGGUCACGGCGGUCGCAUACACCUUCAACUCCCAUGGGUCCACCAUCUCGGUGCUGGGACUGGUGCUGCUGUCUGCAGGUCUGGGCCUUCUGGGCUCAAGCGCCGUCUGCUGGAGGGUCCGACUGAGGAAGAAGAGGGACAAACGGAGGGAGAGCCAGACCGCCCUCAUGGCCAGCCAGGGAUACUGUGUGGCCUGAUCAAAAGUCCUGAAUCUAGUCCUGAGUGGAGAUCAAGUUUAAGCUCUUUCUAUCCAAAAAGUCACACUUGUGUUGUGGACGAUGAACUUCAGGGAGACAUUGAUCCUGAACGCACCAUGCAGAGUUUAACAGGGAUAUAAAUUAGUAAACGUAAAGAGAUGGAGCUUGUACAUCUGCAGGGUCUAUCAGAGGCAGUGAUGACUCUGCAGAAACCUUGAAGGACUUACUGACGCCAUGAGGUUACAGCGAGUGAAGGAUGGACAGAUGGCAGUAAAUACUGAAUUAUUGAACUCUAUACUGGAAGUGCUGGACAAUGGACAGAGGACUUUUAUGAAGCUCUAGUGCUGAGACCAUGAGUUCAACAAACAAUCAUUCAGUAACUGACGACUGAUAAACCAUUUUAGGUCAGUUAUGAAGCUACAACAUUCAUCUGGAUUCAGCUUGUCAAACUUUCUCUCUGUUUUCUAUCAUUCAGGUUUUAGACAUCACCUUCAGUUCUCGGAUCCCCCUGUAGUGACAACACUGUCAUGUAUCUAAGUACAAGUUACUGAUGAAAAUACAUCCCGUCACCUGUACCUCACAUCGACAGUGACUCAUUUGUGUGAAUCGUCAUGUCCAAACAGAAACACAAACUCUAAUCACAGGAUGCUAAAGCUAAAGUUUUGAAGACUUCUGUAAAUGAGAGAUUUGAUUAAAGAAAGGAGAGUUCAUACAUUUUAAAGACAUUUCAGACCAACAAAGCUCAUCUAUGAUGUACAGUAUCUCUAACUAAAUGCUGCUAAUAAGCUCUAAGACAUUUAACAAGGUACUCUGUUGUUGGUGUUUCUUUCUUAGACAAAAUACAGAAUCAGCCUCGUCUGUGGUCUCAGCACUCUGUGAUUCUGUCGCAUAGCAGCUGAAAACAUUGGAUUUAAUGGUGUGUGAGUUAACUUUCAUCAGUACACGUGUUUGGGAUCCUGAGAAUAUCUUGUUGGUGUCUACACAAAAAAAUCUGCAGCUGAAUCACGGAGUAGUGAGCUCACACGUCGGGCUAAUCUCUGAUAUGCAUGCAACCUUGUAUAUUUAACUCGUGCACUAUGAUCCAAAGUGAUGAACAAUAACCACGUCAUGUAUUCCACUGUAUUAACACGUAGCUGUCUAACUGUUUAAUGUGGGUUUAUUUAUUCCGUCGCAAUAUGAGUGAAACUUUUGUUCUAUUAAACUCAACAUUCAACAUGA